AUGACACUGAAAAGUAAACGAUCUUUAGAAAAUGAUGUAUCACCACGGAAACGAUUUGAAUAUGGAUUAGACGAUAAUAGAAACAGAUCCAGUCGAGUCACACAUACAACAACAACAAAUAUUACAGCGGCAAACACGACAACAACAGCAUCUGAUCCUUCCACCACUUGCUUUGAACGAUUGACAAAAUCCUUAUCCUCAGUGAACGCAGCAUUUACUACCAUGAAUGAACAAUUUGAUCAGUUGAAAAAGGUGGACGAUUCGUUAUCUAGGUUUAAUGAUGCUUUUGGUGCCUUUCUGUUUGGACUUUCAGCCAAUGGCGCGACUAUUCAUUGGCCUAAUGCUCCUGGUAAGAUUGAUUUUGAAACAUAUUCUUCUUGGCAAGAUCGAUCAAAAUCAAUAGGGACGGAUUUACUUGGGAAUAAAAAGGGUACAGCAGCAACCACAAAAACUUCAUCAUCAUCAUCAACAGGAAACGCUCAGUCUUCAGAUACCCAAUCAACACACAAAACAUUGAAAUUCGCUACAAAGAUCAAUAUUCGAAAGAUCAUCGAUCAUUUACCAUUGAAGUAUCGAGAACAAACGGAACAUAUGAAAACAAUGGAAACAGUGUUACGUGCUUUACGUUCAAAACCAGAGGGAAUGAACAUGGCAACGAUAGUGGAACAAGUGAAAUUACCAAAAUACCGUGUGAAUGAUUGUUUGAAUGCACUGGUCCAUAGUAAAGAUGUUCAUAAACAUAACCCCAAGGGCCAACUGGCAGUGUAUCGUUUAGAUCCUGUUCGAUAUCCAUCUAAUUAG